UGGCGCCUGGGACGAGGCUGGGGAGGCGACGCCGGAGAGGACGGAGCCGCGGCGGGGAGCGGAUCUUUCGAAGAUGGUUUGGCUGCCUUGGAGAUUUGGAGAUCUGAUGCCACGAUGAGGACUCACACACGGGGGGCUCCCAGUGUGUUUUUCAUAUAUUUGCUUUGCUUGGUGUCAGCCUACUUCACCGACGAGAACCCGGAAGUCAUGAUUCCCUUCACCAAUGCCAACUACGACAGCCACCCGAUGCUGUACUUCUCCAGGGCGGAGGUGGCGGAGCUGCAGCUCAGGGCAGCCAGCUCUCAUGAGCACAUCGCCGCCCGGCUCACCGAGGCCGUGCACACCAUGCUGUCCAGCCCUUUGGAGUACCUGCCUCCUUGGGACCCCAAGGAUUACAGUGCCCGCUGGAAUGAAAUUUACGGAAACAACCUGGGUGCCUUGGCAAUGUUCUGUGUGCUGUAUCCUGAGAACAUUGAAGCCCGAGACAUGGCCAAAGACUACAUGGAAAGGAUGGCAGCGCAGCCUAGUUGGCUGGUGAAAGAUGCUCCUUGGGAUGAGGUCCCGCUUGCUCACUCCCUGGUUGGUUUUGCCACUGCUUAUGACUUCUUGUACAACUACCUGAGCAAGACACAACAGGAGAAGUUUCUUGAAGUGAUUGCCAAUGCCUCGGGAUAUAUGUAUGAAACUUCAUACAGGAGAGGAUGGGGAUUUCAAUACCUGCACAAUCACCAGCCCACCAACUGCAUGGCUUUGCUCACAGGAAGCCUAGUUCUGAUGAAUCAAGGGUAUCUUCAAGAAGCCUACUUAUGGACCAAACAGGUUCUGACCAUCAUGGAGAAAUCUCUGGUCUUGCUCCGGGAGGUGACGGACGGCUCCCUCUAUGAAGGAGUUGCAUAUGGCAGCUACACCACUAGAUCACUCUUCCAGUAUAUGUUUCUUAUUCAGAGGCACUUUGGCAUCAACCACUUUGGCCAUCCGUGGCUUAAACAACACUUUGCAUUUAUGUAUAGAACCAUCCUGCCAGGGUUUCAAAGGACUGUGGCUAUUGCGGACUCAAAUUACAACUGGUUUUAUGGUCCAGAGAGCCAACUAGUGUUCCUGGAUAAAUUUGUCAUGCGUAACGGCAGUGGUAACUGGCUGGCUGACCAAAUCAGAAGGAACAGAGUGGUGGACGGUCCAGGAACACCAUCCAAAGGGCAGCGCUGGUGUACUCUACACACGGAAUUCCUCUGGUAUGAUGCCAGCUUGAAAUCCAUUCCUCCUCCAGAUUUUGGCACCCCUACAUUGCAUUAUUUUGAAGACUGGGGUGUUGUGACUUACGGAAGUGCACUACCUGCAGAAAUCAAUAGAUCUUUCCUUUCCUUCAAGUCAGGAAAACUUGGGGGACGUGCAAUAUAUGACAUUGUCCAUAGAAACAAAUACAAGGAUUGGAUCAAAGGGUGGAGAAAUUUUAAUGCAGGGCAUGAACAUCCCGAUCAAAACUCAUUUACUUUUGCUCCCAAUGGUGUGCCUUUCAUCACCGAGGCUCUCUAUGGGCCAAAGUACACCUUCUUCAACAACGUUUUGAUGUUUUCCCCAGCUGUGUCAAAGAGCUGCUUUUCUCCCUGGGAGGGCCAGGUUACAGAAGACUGCUCAUCAAAAUGGUCUAAAUACAAGCAUGACCUGGCAGCAAGCUGUCAGGGGAGAGUGGUUGCAGCAGUGGAGAAAAAUGGGGUGGUUUUCAUCCGAGGAGAAGGUGUGGGAGCUUAUAACCCCCAGCUCAAUCUGAAGAAUGUUCAGAGGAAUCUGAUCCUCCUGCAUCCACAGCUGCUUCUCCUUGUAGACCAAAUACACCUGGGAGAGGAGAGCCCUCUGGAGACAGCAGCAAGCUUCUUCCACAAUGUGGAUGUACCUUUUGAAGAGACAAUGGUCGAUGGGGUCCAUGGGGCUUUCAUCAGGCAGCGAGAUGGUCUCUAUAAAAUGUACUGGAUGGAUGAUACUGGCUACAGUGAGAAAGCAACCUUUGCCUCAGUGACAUACCCUCGGGGCUAUCCCUACAAUGGGACAAACUAUGUGAAUGUCACCAUGCACCUUCGAAGUCCCAUCACCAGGGCAGUUUACCUCUUCAUAGGGCCAUCUGUAGAUGUUCAGAGCUUCAGUAUCCAUGGAGACUCUCAGCAACUGGAUGUGUUCAUAGCCACCAGUGAACAUGCCUAUGCAACUUACCUGUGGACAGGUGAGACCACAGGACAGUCUGCCUUUGCACAGGUCAUUGCCGAUCGUCAGAAAAUUCUGUUUGACCGGAAUUCAGCCAUCAAGAGCACCCUUGUCCCUGAGGUGAAGGACUAUGCUGCUAUUGUUGAACAGAACCUGCAGCAUUUUAAGCCAGUGUUCCAACUACUGGAGAAGCAGAUCCUGUCCCGAGUCCAGAACACAGCUAGCUUUAGGAAGACUGCUGAGCGCCUGCUAAGAUUUUCAGACAAGAGACAGACUGAGGAGGCCAUUGAUAGGAUUUUUGCCAUAUCCCAGCAACAGCAGCAGCAGCAAAGCAAAUCAAAGAAAAACCGAAGGGCAGGCAAACGCUAUAAAUUUGUAGAUGCUGUUCCUGAUAUUUUUGCACAGAUUGAAGUCAAUGAGAAAAAGAUUAGACAAAAAGCUCAGAUUUUGGCACAGAAAGAACUACCCAUAGAUGAAGAUGAAGAAAUGAAAGACCUUUUAGAUUUUGCAGAUGUAACAUAUGAGAAACAUAAAAAUGGGGGUUUGAUGAAAGACCAGUCUGGACAGGUGCGGAUGGUGACAGCUACUCACAGCAGAGCCCCAUCACUGUCUGCUUCGUAUACCAGACUGUUCCUGAUUCUGAACAUUGCUAUUUUCUUUGUCAUGUUGGCAAUGCAACUGACUUAUUUCCAGAGGGCCCAGAGCCUCCAUGGCCAAAGAUGUCUUUAUGCAGUCCUUCUAAUAGAUAGCUGUAUUUUAUUGUGGUUGUACUCUUCUUGUUCCCAGUCACAGUGCUAG